AUGUCUUUAAUUUCAUUGGCAGGUACCAAGAGGAAGGUGGGAAGACCUUCAGUCAUUGAAGCUCACCCUGAGAUCGUGGAAAUUGUCAGAGACUUUAUUACACAGCAUUCUUCAUCUGCCCACGAUCGAAGACGCGAUGACGUGCAAUACAGCCAUGGCGUGACACUAGCAGCCAUUCGGAGUCACGUCCUUAGGGAAAUUCCGGCUUUAAAGAAAAUUUCUGUACACACAAUACACCGUCUUCUUUUGCCGCCAAAUAAGAACCGAAAUGCGUCUAAACGCAACAAAAGUUUAGUAGAGGCUAAACGACCUCCUAAGAGAAAUGACCUAACUAGUAAAAUUCACGCAGACUUUCACUAUGGUUCAGCUCAAGUGAAUUUUGUUGGAGAGCUCGCUGAAUUGUUCUCAGAUGAGACAAUAGCCAUUUCAGCAGAUGACAAGAACAAAGUCAACGUAGGAACUUUGGCUGUCAGUAGGCAUUUUUCUAUCAACAAUAUAUUUGCCACGAACGAUCAACCCAACUACCCCGAUCACGAUUUUCCUUAUACCAAUGCCAAAAUUGUUCCAGCUGGAUAUUUAUUACUUAGAUCAAGAAAUACGCGAUCGAGGAGUCUUUUGCCGAGGAAGACGAAU